AUGGGCCUCGCCAAAACCACCCUCGUUCUGCUCACAGGCCUCGCCCAUCUCGUGGCCGCAUUCACCCCGCAGGAAAUGCUCCUCGCCAUCAACGACGACAUCCAGUACAACGUCGCCGAGUGGGAACAGUUCAUCCUGGACAACUCAGACGAUAUCUUUGUGCAGAUGUUCAUGGAGUACGAGAACCAGAACGUGCUCAAACAGGGCCAGCUCAGCUCGGCCUACGAGGCGUACUCCAACAUCUUCACCCAGGUGCCGUUUGCCGCGCGGCUGUCCAGCGAGGCAGCGUUCAUCCACACAAAUACCAACUCAGAUUCCAAAGUCCAGGACGCAAGUGCUUACGUCAGCAUCAUCACGCAGGACUACGACUCUGAAGAGCGGGUCUACACCGACCCGGUGACGCCCGACGCCAGUUUCCUCACGAUCGCGCCGUCCAACAGCGCCUACAACGUCGAGUCGCUCGCGUCCCAGGUCUGGCAAGUGUACAGUACAGAUUACACGGAGUACUCUAAUUUCGGCGACUUUUAUUCGGCUAUGAGCAAUAGCUUCAGUGUUCCUUCAGCGACUGCGGCGGCCGCCUCGAGCUCCGACAGCCAAGGCGCGGCUGCGCGUGUUUCGGGGCCCGUUCCGCGGUUUGGUCUUGCGCUGGCCCUGUUGGCCCUGCUGUGA